ACAACCAACAAAAUGAUCUCAAUGAUGUGUUUAUUAUUGUCUGGUUCAUAAUCUCAACACAAACUUUACGAUAUUAGAAUGGCACCAGGAAAUUUAGUAUCACCAUCACCUCUACAAGAACAGUGCUGCAGAGCCAUUAGUUUGUGUGCAGAUAAGAUCCCAGAAAAUUUAUUAGAAGAACUGAAUCGCCCAUGUCUCGGUUUACUUGUGGAACAUCUGUCCAUGUUUGAUCUACUCAGAUAUGAGAGAAUCCUCCAAAAGCAAGGCAUUGAUACACAGACGGCUUUAUACAAGCUGCAAAGAAUAUUGUUUGCAAAUAAUGAAACCUAUCCAAUAAAGUCAACAACUUGUCCACAUUUGUUAGAUCUAUUUCCUUGUGAUGGCUGGGGAUGGGGUCUAUCUCGACUUCUGUACAGAAGAGCUAUAGUUCAACUCAUAGAAGAGUAUGACAAACGAGAGGAGCUGACUAAAGAAGUACAAAAACGAUUGGUCGAACUCCACCCUUACCUGCUGGAUUUAUUUUGUCCAAUCAACACAAAGCAUCGAGAUAAAAUUAAACAAAGAGUGCUUGAGUCCGACGACAUGGUGGAAAAACUUGCUGCUUUGGCAGCCCGGCAUAUUAUUUUCAUAACAGUUGACAACAAACUAUGCAAGUUUUUACUCAAUAAGAAAUUUGAAGAUAUUUUAAAUGGUUUUUGUGAAUCAGUACUGGUGAUCUCCCUUAUCUUGAAAAGUUCAGUGGCCCUGAUUAGCUUUAUAAAGACACUCAAAGAAAAGGUGAAGAAACUGGAACGAAUCUGCAUUAAUGUAAUAAGGAAAAAUGAUUUGCUCUACUUUGACUCCCUAUUGACAAUAUGCAGUGGUGUAGUAAGUUAUUACACAACAGCUGAAGGAAGGAGGGAAAAAGAAAUUCUUCAUGCUGUUGUCAAUGAAAGUAUUGUCCAGAGUGCUAGAGAAAGGGCAGAACAACCAGCUGAAUACCAGUCUAUUGAGCAGGAUCUAUUCAACACACCAGUUGAUGCUGAGUUUGACCUCAUGGAUGAUGCAGUGUUGUUUGGCACGCCAUCUCCUCCUUCUAAAUAUGACAGCAAUGAUGGGAUGUUGAAAGGAGAUCUUAAGUUCACCAAUUUAGUAGAAAAGCAACUGUAUGUCUCAGUGUUGAAUCACCAUCUGAGGUACUGGCUCUCUCUGAGGGAACUGCAUUUAGGGGUACCUGACUUACAUCCUAAACUAGUGGAAGGAAUCUGUAAUCUGCUCACACGUCCACAGUUCAAAUGUUUCACGUUAUCUUCUGCUGAUUUCUCACCGUCUGUUAUGGAUGACAUCUUGAGUACAGUGGCAACUAGCAGAAAUUCUAACCCUUUGGAUAAGCUGAUGUUUGUAAGCAUACAAGAAAAAGUUGACAGCAUAGCAGAAUUACUUGUUACAGAUCAUCUUCGUGGGAAAAGUGAAGAAGAAGUUGAAAUAUUUGUGAAGCAGUUUGAAUCAGAGAGAAUCGCAAAAUGCAGAGAUUUUACUGGAACAAAAUUAUUGGAGAUCUUUCACAGUACCCUAGGAGUCAAAACAGAAUGUAUUCUUUUGGGAUAUGUCUUAAGAGAUUCAGCAUUGAUAAAUGUGUGCUUCAGUAACAGCAUUUCUAGGCUUUUCAUACAGUAUCAUUUAAGCUAUCUCAGGUCUAAAAAUCGGCAGUUAAACAUGCUAAUAUUAGAAGACUGGUCACUGUUAAGCUCAGCAAGCUGCAAUGCUUUGUCUUCAUUGCUGCUCUCAGUUUCCUCUUCAUUACACAGCCUGUGUCUGAAAACUUGUCUGAAUUCUCCAAAUGCUGUAAGAUUCACAGAUGUUUUAGAUGCAAUAUCAAAAUGCAAGAAUAUCAAGUAUUUGGACUUGUCAGAGAAUAAUUUUGGUGAAAGUGCUAUUCCUUUUCUAACAGAUAUUGUUGAUAAAACUCAAGUUAAAGAACUUUCACUGAAGAGAAAUGAAUUUUCUUUUGAAGCUGUCGUUUUGUUGCUAAAACAAAUUUCUGCACUCAAGAACAACAUGCUAGAGAUAGUAGACUUAAGAGGGAACCGCUUUUUUGAAUGCCACAGGAAACGGUAUGGCAAUCUACUUCAGAGUGUUGCAAGGUAUGUUUUGGUAAACUUCGGCUCUUCCCCUGAAGAAGGAAGAUGACAAGCACAGGAUCACUUCUGUGUUGCAUGAUGGGAAGUCUUGUAACACUGGAAGCAUGUCCAGCCAGCCUCUCUGUAAGUGUAACAGAUGAAAUGUUCUCUGGAUUAUAUUAGCAAAUUUUCUUGCUAAUAAUAAGUUAUUUACUUUUUAUUGCUCUGUUCAUGCAUUCUUCCAUUUGAAAAAAACAACAUUUUAUUUAGUUUUGUAUGCUAAAUAGAAUUUUAUACUAACAGUAAGAGCAAUUUUUUUUUUUCAGUUUGUGUAUUUCUUAUUGUUCUUUAAGUUUUAAUUAAAGAACUAAAGAUUUUAACAUUUAUUGUUUUUUAUUUCAUUUUGUUUAAAAAGAUACUAGUUUCUUGAAUAUUUUUCACAAUUGGUAGUACAGAAAGAGGAGUUGUUGUGCUAGUCAACUCGAAUUAGGUAUUUUAAAUUUGUUUUUCUUUUAGUUGUUUUAUAACUGAGUAAUGUUUUGAUUACAGCCAUCAAACCCAGUUUAAAAUAUAUUUAAAUACAAAAUAUUUUUAGUAACAGUAAAGAUUGUUUCUUUUUAAAAAAUUAUGUAUAAAAUGCAUCUGUUAAGACUUUUAUUUAAAAUUCCAAUUAGAUGAACCAAGAAGCUUUAAAAGUUUAUGUUUUUAAUAUAUUAUGAAAUCUUAUUAUUAGUAGUAAGAUUUUUAAAAUGUUAUUCUACAAGCUGAGCUAUUUUUAUGAUAAGUUAUAAAAUAUUUCUUAAUACCUUACGUACUACAAAUAUUCUGGAUCUCAGUUUUAAUGCAUGUAGUCUAAAAGAAAUGUUAAUAGUAUUAUAUUAUAGUAAGUAUUAUCAAACAGCCAGUGAGUCUCCUAUAAAAAAUUAAUCAAUCUCAAGUAGCAACAGUUCUAUCAAACCUAAACUUUGCUCUCCUGAGCACCUUUGCUCCCUAGUUUUUAAGUACCGAGGUAAUAAAGCUUUAAUAAGAGUUUUUACAAAUAUGAAAAAAAAAACAACAUUCUAAUUUUAUAUACAUGUGUAUUGUAAAUAAACUUCUUAAAAUCCAUGCAAAUUUUAAAAUGUGUAAUUGUAACUUGAAAUAAAUCAAGUCAUUAUUUGACAUAGCUCAUUUUAUAAUGAUUAGGGUAAUAUAAUUUUAUAUAGAGUCUAUAAUUAUUGUUUAAAAAGUGUGCAGUUUGUACAUCUUUAAAUUCAGUGUGAGAAUAAAAUUUCUA